GAAAACUCUCAAGAAGUUCUCCGCACUUAGAAGCACGGUCAUAGGCAGGAGUUGGGACUGGCUGAAAUCUUCAGCUCCUCUCCCGCUGUACUGUUUUUUAAUUUCAUGGCGGACUGUGAAGCACGGAGACUAAAGAUUUUUCUGAAAGUUUCGCAAGCACGAAGGGAAAUCAUAUGACUUCCUGAUGCUGGAGGGCUCUGUGCUGAGAUGGAACAGAGCUUAGUGUGUCACUGCUGAACUGUGAGUCCUGAGACCCAAGCAGGAAAUCAUGAUGACAAGGUCUCCCCUCUCCUCCCCAGGAAGGCCAGCAAUGGACCGUGAAGGUUUUGUCUCGAAGUAGACUGUGGCCUUGGGAUUUGAGGCUCUGAGGAAGGCCCCGGAGCCGCUUCCUGGGGGAGAUGACGACAACAUCCCUGUCACCCUGACAACACGAGGACCUCUCUAAAAUCAUUUCUGGAGCCGGGGCUACUUUGUUCAUCCUGGACUCGGGACCUCUUAAGAGUUGGCACAUGAUUAGACCAGCAGCUGCUUAAUCUCAGGGAUUUACCCUAAUUGUUCUUUAGACUUGGACCCACGGGGAAGAGCCAGAGCAGGUGAAGAACCAGGUCAAAAGACAAUGACGGCCAGCGGAAAUGACAAGGCGGGAAGCAAAGAUGAUGGCGCGGUGAAGUCCGUCAACGAGGUGAAGAAGAAAUCGAACUGGACUUGCUCCCUUCUGACUGCCUCAUUUGUUGGAGCUUUUGGAUCUUCCUUUCUGUAUGGUUACAACCUCUCUGUGGUCAAUGCACCCACCGUGUACAUCAAGGCCUUUUACAAUGACUCUUGGGAAAGAAGAUUUGGCCACUCAGUCCAUCCUGAGACGCUAACUCUUCUGUGGUCGGUGACGGUGUCUAUUUUUGCCAUUGGUGGAGUUGUGGGGACUUUUAUAGUGACUCUGAUUGGAAAGCUUCUUGGGAGAAAGCAAAUGUUACUGGCCAAUAAUGCAUUUGCAGUUUUAGCUGCACUGUUGAUGGCUACCUCACCACUGGCAGGAUCAUUUGAAAUGCUCAUCCUGGGUCGCUUUAUCAUGGGUGUCGAUGGAGGUAUUGCUCUCAGUGCCCUCCCCAUGUACCUGAGUGAAAUUUCACCCAAGGAAAUCCGAGGCUCCUUAGGACAAGUUACCGCCAUCUUUAUCUGCAUUGGCGUCUUCACGGGACAGAUCCUAGGGCUGCCUGAGAUAUUUGGAAGGGAAUCCCGUUGGCCGUAUCUGUUCGGCAUGAUCAUGGUCCCGGCCCUGGUCCAGCUGGUCAGUCUGCCCUUCCUCCCCGAGAGCCCCCGGUAUCUGCUCUUUGAGAAGCACGACGAAGCCGCCGCCACCAAAGCCUUUCAGACCUUCCUCGGAAAAGAUGACGUCUCUCAGGAAAUAGAGGAUAUCCUGGCAGAGAGUCGGGCCCAGAGAAACCUCCGCUUAGAAUCAGUCCCUCAGCUUCUGAAGAACCGCUCCGUUCGCUGGCAGAUAAUCACCGUAAUCAUCACCAUGGCCUGCUACCAGCUCUGUGGGCUUAAUGCUAUCUGGUUCUACACGAACAGCAUCUUCUCUGAAGCUGGAAUUCCGAAGGAAAAGAUCCCAUACAUCACCUUGAGUACAGGCAGCAUAGAGACUUUGUCUUCUAUCUUUUCAGGCCUAGUCAUUGAACGCCUGGGACGCAGACCUCUUCUCAUUGGUGGAUUUGGUUUGAUGGCAUUCUUCUUUGGAAUACUUACAGUAGCCCUGACUUUGCAGGAUCGAGCUCCUUGGAUACCCUACUUGAGUAUAGUGUGCAUUCUGGUGAUCAUUGCUUCAUUUUGCAGUGGACCAGGGGGAAUUCCGUUCAUUCUGACAGGGGAAUUUUUCCAGCAGUCUCAGCGACCGGCUGCGUUUCUGAUCGCUGGAACCGUCAACUGGCUUUCCAAUUUUAUUGUCGGACUGCUUUUUCCUUUCAUUCAGAAAGGCCUGGAGACAUAUUGCUUCCUGGUUUUUGCUGCAAUCUGCGUAAUAGGAGCCGUUUAUUUCUAUUUUGUUCUGCCGGAAACCAAGAACAGGACCCUUGCAGAAAUCAGUUUGCAGUUUGCCAAGAGAAACAAGACACAUUUAGUCGAGGAGAAAACAGAAGUCGCCAUGUCCGAAGAAAAAGCCAAUGAGAACUCCAGUAAGGACUCUUCUUCUACCCCAAACAAACAUGCCCAAAACAAGAUCAUUUGAACUCUCUCUGUCUCUCUUUCUUUCUCUCUCUCGCUAGGGAGAAAAGGGAAGCCCGUUCUUCCAUUUUGGAAAGACAAGGGUGUCCCCACAGUAUGUAUGUAAUGUUCAGUGUUAAUAAAAUAGAAUGCUCUUACCAUUUU